CCGACGUCGAAACAGUCUGUGCUGUGCAGUGGCAGGGCAUAUGUUUGGUGGCGGUGAGGUCGGAGCGGGACGAGGCUGCUUGUCUCCGUCAGGACUCGGUGAGGACUCCGGUUGUGCAGCAGCUGCCCUGCGCCUGUGGCCUUGAGGAUGUACGGGGAUGGAGAGGGCACGGUGUGGGACCGCGUCGCGCGGCCCCGCCGGGACUGCAUGUGCUACCUUGGACCUCCGACUACUCUGAUGCCGAUCGGGAUGCGCAAGUCGCCCGACGUGAGCCCCAGAAGGCUUUCGGACAUCAGCCCGCAGCUCAGACAGCUCAAGUACCUGGUGGUGGACGAGGCCAUCAAAGAGGAGCUCAAGUCCUCGCGCUCGGUCGAGGACAUCAACAGCGCCUCCAUAGAGGAGCGGAUCCUGCGCAUCACCGGCUACUAUGGAUACCAGCCUUGGAAUGCGAGCUACAAGAGAGAAGAGCGCGCCAGAGAGAGCGUGGUGGGCACCACGGACGCACAGUCGGCCGGGGGUGCGGCGGGAGCAGAGGUCGGCGCCAACAGACGGAGGCUGCACUGCUGCAUCAGAGUUACAGCUGUGCAGGUGCGGAAGGCCCUGUGGGGAGUCGCCAUGGUGAUGUGCGUGUGCUCGUCCUGGGCAGGCUCCACCCAGCUGGCCAAGCUGGCCUUGAAGCAGUUUGACGCCCCCUUCACCCUCACCUGGUUCGCCACGUCCUGGAACUGCCUCUUCUUCCCCCUCUAUUACAUCGGCCACCUGUGCAAGAGUCCGGAGAGGCAGACGCCCCGGCAGAGAUUCAGAAAAUGCUGCGUUUUCUUUAAAACGAGGGCUGACCCCAAGGUGUUUUUCACAAAAAUGGCUCCGUAUGGGGGUGGGUGGCAACGUCUCGAGCGUCUUUAUCAGCACACUGUGAGCGGCAUGUCGUCCAUCCGUCGCUCACUCCUGUUCUCUCUCUCUCUCUCUCUCCCUCCACAGAUAGUAGCUGCUAUCUUGGCCAUAGCGGGCAUCGUGAUGAUGACCUACGCCGACGGAUUCCACAGCCACUCAGUCAUCGGCAUAACGUUGGUGGUGGCCUCUGCUUCGAUGUCAGCGCUCUACAAGGUGCUCUUCAAGAUGGUCCUGGGCAGCGCCAAAUUUGGAGAGGCCGCGCUCUUUCUGAGCAUCGUCGGAAGCGCCAACUUUGUCUUCAUCAGCUUCGUGCCGGUCAUCCUGUAUUUCACACGCGUGGAGUACAUUGGCUCGCCGGAGAACCUCCCCUGGGCCUACCUCUGUGGGGUGGCAGGCCUGCUUUUUGCUUUCAACGUCCUGGUGAACUUUGGCAUUGCGAUAACAUACCCGACAUUAAUCUCCCUUGGCAUCGUCCUGAGUGUUCCUGUUAAUGCCAUGGUGGACCUCUACACAUGUGAAAUCAAUUUCAACACCGUGCGCCUCAUUGCCGUGUUCAUCAUCUGCCUGGGCUUCCUCAUGCUGCUGCUACCGGAGGACUGGGACCAGUGCAUCAUCCAGCUCAGCACCAAGCUGCGCAAACGGGACGAGCCGGCAGAGGGCGGCGUGGAGGCGGGCGCCGCGACGGGGCUCAACUGGCGAGGGAGAGCCAGGACCUCCACAUUUGCACAUUGACUCCGUGAAAUAUUGCAAUGCGAACGCACACGCAGAAGCAAGCGGAGGUUGACACGCCACCGCCUGCCUGUGUUGAUGUCGAGACAGUUGGCCCGCCCCUUUGCUUUCACACAGCUCUAUGGGAGAAAAGAAAACAUUUUGGACUGACCUCUAAUCAGUCACCAUUUAGCCAAGAGGCAAGAUGGGAGAAGCAUACAUUGCAUAUCAUUCAUUUUGGCGUCCAAAGUUAUCCGAGUUGGUGCAUGAAGAGUAAGCAGGUGUAACAUCGGAUUAGGACUGAGUCGUGUUUUUAUUUCUCUGUACCUCUUAAUCAUUCCAUCGGCUCACUACACCCUUGCGCCUGGGAAAACUUGCCAACUUGCCUGAGGACGAAUAUAUUUUGGGGGGGAAGGCCUUGGAACACCUUGUGGACUUGCUGGCUCUAACAUACAGACAUUUUACACACAUUUUAAGAUCCAAAGAAAAAUGCCUGAAAAUGCUGAAUGCCUGAAAACAAAAGGGAGGCCCCGCCCGUGGCGUCCCUCAGGUGUAAAAAAACCCGAUGACAAAUACCUGCCUUUCACGCACUGUACAUAGCUGUGAUUCACACCUUUUGGUGUCCCAGAGCUGUGGACCCGAUGGGCUCAUGUGGUGUGAAGGGACCUGUCCGGACCUCUGAGGAUCAAUCGGAGCUGAAGACGCUUUUUCACGACGCCUCGCCCUGUUCGUCCAGGAGAAGAGGAUCUGGUCCUAUUUGACCGCACUGAUUGGCCGCCUGUGGUUCUGUGCUUUCCUGAAGCUAAACUCCCGCCCCUGUCAAUGCUGACACCCGUCGCUCAGGCUCACAGUUUUGUCACGCGAGAUCCAAAACCAGAAUCUCCAUUGCAUAUGUUUUCGGUGCAUGAGAUGGUCGAGCUUCGUUUGUGCCGUCAGUCCAUCUUUGAAGCAUUUGCCUGACAUUUUCUCUUGUCCUAGACACUUGGCAGCAAACACUAUGGAACUAUCUUGGCAAUGCAGGCGAUACAUGUAUUUACAUGCUGCUGUCAUUCAAAUAACGGAAAAAACGUUCACAAUCAAUGCUUCAGGUAUCCAAAUCUUUGGAUGGACUAAAAGCACUAACAGCUCAUGACAAGACAUGAAUACUUGGAACUACCCCUUUAAUAACUCAUCAUCAGACAUAGCUACUGUGUCACUGAGCCUCUCUUUGAAUUCCGGUCACAUGAAACCUUCUAGACCAACAUGCACAUGAACUAAUUUGCGACAUCCCUCAGUAAAAUUGUUUCACUUCUGGAGAAAAGAACAGAGGGUGGACGAAAAGUCACUCUCUCGCUGUGGAUCUUGGAGAGAGGUGUGUUGACACACACACACACACACACAUACACAUACAAAAUAAGAAUUGGCUCACAUCCGUCCAGCUCUCACAGCAUCUGUUUUCAUUUAUCGCAUUUCACCAGGCAACCGCAACAGCGUGAGACGAACAACCUGGGAGCACUGGUGGACAAACUCUGCCUUGUUGUGAAUGUAUGAACAUCCCUCGACCACACACGCUCGCUACGUGCUAUCUGAUCUUUUGUUUUAUAUUUAUAUUUUUGUUUUAACAGUGCCACAACAGACUGCUGCAGAGAGACUCUUUAAUACUUACCUUCUUGUCAUGAUCAUCUGAACGCGUUGCAUCUUUUUUGAACCAACUCUUUGGCGCAUUUGAACCCCAGACUUUUUUUAAAACAUUUUUGCAUAAACGGUUCCCAACUAACCUUGAGAAACAGCUGCAGGACGAGCAUGCACAUACUGUAUGAGCGGAAACGGCUGACAAGUCCACUUCACUGCCUUUUCUUUGUUUUGCAAUAGAGUACAUUAGCACUGUUUCCCAUUGUCAUUCUCUAUGACAAUAAAUAAUAAUAUUGUAUUCCUCUGGAAUUAUUGCUAGACAUAAAUGUAAACCUUUGUAAGGAAUGAAGAUUUUUUUACAAUAAGAUGCAACAUAUUAUUAUCACAUUUGAGGAAGAAGUAUUUAGAGCGUGAAUACAUGAUGGGUUUAUUGGAUCUUCUGUUGGGUGUCUUCAAGUGUAAUGACAUGUACUAUAUAAAAUAUUCUUUUCAAUACAUUCCCCUCUCCAGCUUUGUUGCCAUCUCUAUGUUGUAGUCCUGUGCUUUGCCAUUACUGAUCGCUGUAAACGGCCA